CACAGGUAAAAAAAAAACAGCAAAAACAGACACUUUUGACGUCUACUGACAUAAAAACACAUACGCGACAUUCUGUGUUGUGCUUUGGUUUUUUUAAAGUUUUUUUUUUCUUUUAUUUUGUUCUAACAUUGAUACAUUCCAACGAUGGCAAGAUACUUUAAGGAGCAAGACAUUGAUGAAUUUCGUGAAUGCUUCUAUCUAUUUGCCCGAUCCGGACAAAUCACUUCGCUGGACGAGUUAACGGUAAUAAUGCGCUCACUUGGACUGUCACCAACCAUUCAGGAGUUGACCAACUAUUUCAAAAAGAAAAACGGCAAAAUGAGCUUCGCCGACUUUCUGGAUGUGAUGCAUCAACAUUCCAAAGUCGAAAAUUUGCCGGAUGAAGUGAUAUCGGCAUUUGAAGCGGCCGAUCAGGCGGGUAAAGGUACCAUUCCGGCGAAACAGUUACGCAAUUUGUUGCAGCAUUGGGGAGAGGGUCUGUCGGUUCGUGAGGUUGACAACAUCUUCCGUGAGGCUAAUGUCUCCAACAAUGGCAAUGUUCGUUACAGUGAUUUUGUAAAAAUCGCGUGUGCUCCGGUUCCAGAUUAUUAUUGAGCUUUGUACACACAUACAACACACAUUUUGCCGGCAAUUGUUUUUAAUAUUUUUAUUUAUUCAUUCUCAGUCUACAGUAUUAUUGGCUAUUUUAUGCUGAUUAAUCUUUUAAAUUUUAUUUUGUUGAAACAAAAGUGAGUGCAAUUUUUUUGAUGUGUAAUUUUUUCCGUGUCACAAAUUCUAUGUUGCAAUAAAAAAAAAACUUUUCCUAUUUACUUUCUAAAAA